CCGUUGACUGCCCCUCUCUAUCUCCCACGGCCUAGUCAGCGUAGGGUAGCUCUCCUGCCAACCAGCCAGCCAAUCCCCACCCUUUGCCUCGUCCCGCUGGUAGCGCCUCUCGUGGCAGCUUUCUCAAUCGCUCCGCUCGCGCUGCUUAGUCGCUCUUUGUCUGUCGCGUGCGCUCGGUGGUUGGGGUGUUGUCGGAAGGGUGGAGGUGUCGGGCGCCAGUCGCUACGCGGACGUUGAGCUCGGGAUCUCCGUUGUCCCUCGCGAGACUUUUUUUCCCCCCCUGUAAAGCUUGUGCUCGCGAUCGGCGAACGUUCGCUUCGUUCGAUUCGUACGCGGUAACACGCGUGCGUUUUCCAAUCGGUAGCCGUGACAUCGUCGAAUGUCGUCGGAUACGCGCGAUAUCGCCCAUCGUACAAGCUCGAUCUCGAUCAUUGGCUCCGUGUGGCCGAGGAUCGCGCUCAUGUGACGAUUACUUGCUACAUGACGAUAAAACGAGUGUCGUACGUGAGACCAAGGAUCGAAUACGUAAGCGUUCUCGGUUGCUGUGAUUUGCCUACCAGUCGUGAGGAUACUCUACGGUAUACUACGUACAGCUUCGGGACUAUAACGGAUAUCGAUGGUGAUUCGAUGCAGCCACGAGGGGACGGAAUCGUGACGAUUUCGAUGCGACUGUACCGGCAUAAGGUGUACCCUGAUUUCCAUUCAGAAGCGCGGGGGAUCACGUUUCGAUCGAAACGGGGCAGUUAUCGUUCGGCGUAAAUCAUCGGACCACUCGACGGAUGAGUAACGAAGCGUGGCCCGCUGCUCUCAAGGAGAUCGACCGCGUCGGCCCGACGAGUUUGCAAACCGGACCAACCAUCUUGGAAGACGAGGGGAUUGCUGACGAUGUUUUCAGCGAGACGAAGCACCGGCUGAAGGCCAAAGUAGAGGCAAAAGCGUGAAACGAGAUCGAGUAGAAGAUGAGAUAGAGAUAGAGAAAGAAAGAGAGAGAGCGGGUCGCUGGAGAUCUCGAGGAACGAAACACAAUGUGCUGGAGUGUGCGAGAUUGGUGGGCGCUUCUCGGGACGAUGAUGUUGUUAUCGUGGACGUGGCCGGUGGUGGAGGGUUGCCCGAACAUGUGUACGUGCAAGUGGAAGAGCGGGAAAGAGUGGGUGGAGUGCGCGAAUCGAGACCUCAAGGGACUUCCCCAAGGAGCAAGGGAGGAGACCCAGGUGUUGGAUCUGUCGAACAAUCAUCUGGUCAGUCUGCCGCCGGAAUGCUUUCACGCGCUCGGCUUGAUCAAUCUGCAACGGCUGUACCUGAGUAGAUCGCACAUCAGCCGUAUAGCAGCCAGAGCGUUCGUCGGUCUGGUGGGGCUGGUGGAGUUGGAUCUCUCGGAGAAUCUGAUCGAGGAGAUACCUAGCGAAACUUUCCCCUCCUACUCGAAUCUGAUGAAGCUACUGCUCAACGGCAAUCCUAUACGAGAGAUCCGUGCAGGAGCGUUCCAGAAUCUGCCGCAUCUGACCAACCUGGAAUUGAGCCACUGCCGGCUGGAGAACAUCGAGCAGACGGCGUUCGACGGCCUUCACCUGCUCGAGUGGCUGCGACUCGACGGCAAUCGGUUGACUCGCGUGCCCGAACGCACGCUGCCCCUAGGCGGCAGCCUCCGAGGACUCACGCUGCACAACAAUCCCUGGGUCUGCGAUUGCCGUCUGCAGGCCACGCAAGCUUGGCUCAAGGAAUCGGCGCCGGCCGCCCCUCAGGAAUCCGACCCCGUCUGCGACGCUCCUGCCAAACUCCGCGGCAAACAGAUCAAGACCGUCAACGAACUCGCUUGCCUGCCACGGAUCGAGCUCCGGAACCGAGUAGAGGCCUACGAGGGAGACAACGUAACGCUCAAGUGCGACGUUUACGCCGUCCCGGCUGCCAAGCUCACCUGGUGGUUCAACGGCGAACUCUGCGAACUCCAGAACGAGAACGACACGCUCUCCGCUUCCUCGGCUACCACCUUCCCCCGGUACGUCUACAGGCAGCGCGGCGGGAUCAACACGAGCAGCACUCUGCUACUCUACUCCGUGGAGACUUUGAACGAGGGCACGUACACGUGCAUAGCGGAGAACGGAGCGGGGUCCGCGGAGGCGAAUUUGUCUUUGCGAGUGCUGUUCCAGGAGAAAAUAACCGUGGAACCGCCAAACGAUCGCUCGAAAUCGGGAUACGUGGUGGCCAUAGCUGCGGGUGCUCUGCUGGGCGCUCUGUUUGCCCUGGGCUCUCUGAUCGGUAGCAUAGUGUUUUGCGUGCGGAAACGUCGUCGCGACCGCAAGAGGAACUCGAAAGCUCUGGUGUCGCAGAACAAGUCUGUUAUGCCCAUCACCAAGGAUACCGCCACCAGCUUGCCGUGCAGAAAGGGCAACGGCAGCUUGAUCGGGCUCGAGCACCAGCAGAUAGUGUCGUACACCGAACGAGAGUUGAACCGAGCCGCGACUCUCGAACGCAGAGAGCACAGAAACCUGGAGGAACCGUACUGCAGCCCAGUUUCCAAGUAUCUGACGGAACCAGAUCUGAUAAACGAGGUGCCAGAGACGACGGACGUCGGAUACGGUCAGUUGUAUCGCCAUCAGCCCGGUGACAGACAGAUCCUGGAAUACGAUUCCGGAUACCCGCUGCAACCCGAUCUACGGCCAGCGAAUAUCCCACAGCUGAGCUAUCUCGAUCAAGACGGAUACCCGCUCAACUUUGGCCUACCGAAGAUCCCUUUCAGCGCCGCGAGCACGCUACCGCGUCUCAGGCAGAGGAUGCCCGUGGAAGGUUCGGCGGUCGCGCCACCAGCCAGGUACUCGAGGGAGGCCGAGUUCCUCGCCAGAUCGCCAGGUUACGAUCCCGUGCUGCCUCGAACCGACACCAGGUACACCGCCGAGGGAUACCCUUACCCCGCUCAACAAUCGCAGCCGAUUCAACCGGUCGAGCAACCCAUUCAGCAGCAGCUUCCUGUAUCCCCGGUGUCGCCGGUCGCCGUGUUUCCCGAGGUACCGUUCAUCCCCUCUCCCCCAGCCGCCUACAGAGGCGAGACGACGCCGCUGUCGCCGAGAUCGCUAUUAAGCAAAACUGCCCGGGAAGCUGCCGCGGCAGCCGCCGCCAGGGCGGACGAUCUUCAGCCGCCUCAUCAUCCGGAGAGUCCCGACGAGGGAUACGUUGGCGACGCGAUGGACGUCUAAGAGAAUUCGGCAUCGACGAUACGAAGACGGCUAGCGCAUAGAUGAGAAGGCCCGCCGGGUCGUUUCCAAUCCGAUUAUCUCGGUUCCCGGGGGGGCAUAGCGGAGAUCUGUCGCACACACGAACCGAGGAAACUGUCGAGACGUACGUUCGGACAAAUUAAUCCGAGGGAAACAAGACACGGACACGAUUGGCAGAACAAGAAACUCGACAGAGAGCUUCGUCGUCGUCGUCGUCGUCGUCGUCGUCGUCGUCUUCCUUGUCUGGGAGAAUAGAUAUCAGACGUCGUGCGGCCAAAAUGCCGGUUGAGCAGGAACAAAAGGAGCCGGAGCAACGGAAACGUAAUGGAUUAAUCAGGUGCGAGGCUUCUCAGGCGUGCCGAAUCACGUGUCUGCGGAUAAUAAUUUCUUGUUAGUAGCAGGUCUCCGUGUUCGAGGAACAGCAAGCGUUGCUAAUCAAAUUGUCUACAGCGCAAAGUGACGGUGGGGGCAACGUUCGAACGCGGUAGCGGAUUUUUUUACCAGCUUUUUCCAGGUGAAAAGCAUCGUAAAAGCCGUUUUCGGUAUAGAACUUUUGGCGGAAAAUUCGAGUUGUUUGUCGGAGAAGAGAGUAUAGAGAAAUUCACGAAAUUUUGCGUUGAAAUUAUACGAGGUCGGUUAGUGGAGCAAAAUCCGCGAAAUAGAAGAGCGAGCGAGCGAGCGAUUUUUCGGCGCUGUGGGACGAUCGACGUGGAUGCAAGUUCGACGGUGACUGGUGCAGGGAAUUUUCGCAUGGUUCCGGAACGCAGAUCUCCUCGACCAUUCUCGCCAGCCUCGCUCGGCAAUGGAAUUUCCCGGAACGAGGGUUACGCGAGCGGUGCACCGAUCGGAGGAAUCGAAUUUUCCAAGAGCUUACGGAAGCCGACGAACGCAAACGUAGGGCCGCGAGCGCAGUCGGAAUUUUGAAAACCGGCUGAUCCGAUCGCGCAGUCCGAUCGAAGCUGAUCUGUCCACGAAUCGAAGAACGUUCGCCCUUCACGCUCGUAUUAUUGCGAUCUGUCACCCCGACUACAGCCGGAAAUUGAAAACGUUGCUGAAACGAACGGUAACUUUGCUCGCUGGUUGGCAACGAUGGUCAACUUUGUCAAAGUUAUGCGUUUGAUAGCGCAGGAAUUCUCGAUGAAAUGGUUGAGAGAAAUUGUGUGUGUAUGUACAUAGGGGACGAGUGGGACGUGUGUGUGUCAAAGUGUAAGAAACGAAAGAAAUUACAAAGGAGCGUGUAGCGGAGAGUAAAAUACCGAAUGGUGUACUACCGACCUUAAAGCUUAAGAAUAUUCUUCCGUUAACAAACACAAACUCUUUUGCCUCGUUAAAAUGUACGUCUUUCAUCGUACACGGUACGUUUAAAAGUAAGAGAUGCAAAUGCGUGGAAUAGCAACUCGUUUGCAACGGCAACUGUAAGCGGUAAGACGAGCGCAAAGUGCGAGAGAGAAGCGUGCUUUCGAAGCGAAAAAAGGAUACGACGGAGAAGAAACGAGAAUACUCUCCUCGUUUACGAGUCCCUCGAGAAGACUCGUUCGAUAUCUGCUCAAGCUCAUACGCAUCCUUCAUCCCCUUCAUCCACCGUUCCAUCCCCUGGUCACUUCCUCUUUAGGCUAACCAAUUGUAUCGUUAUUAGAGUCUACUGCUCGUCGGUUUCGCAAGAAACGAACGCUCUAUCCCGUCUGGAAAGUUCCGACGAAAAGUUCUAGCAAUUCUACCGUAGUGAUAAUAACGUUAACUCGGUGUUUAAGACUGGUGAACUGUGCGAGAUUACGAGAGAGCCGGUAUGGGCCUCACCUGGCCCCAUGUACAGACACGUUAAAUAUACAUAUAUAUAUAUAUAUACAUAUAUGUAUAAAUUUGUACACCAACUCUGGAAAACGCGAAAACCAACGGACACAUACGUACGCAAAUGUCCACAUAUUAUAUAUAAUACAAAUAUACAGACGUGGAUACGAAUAGGCGGAAACGAGGGUUGGUCAGAACACGCGCUGGACACGCGCGGAAAGUAGAUAUUUUUUGAAAGGCGUCGUAGAGCCUAACACGCAUGACCAGGCAACCGCUCGCUCCGUCUUCUCACCCUGUAUUCGUUAUCGUUGUGUAGCCGACUUUUAAGAGUUCGAUCGUACGCGUUGCUUCGCGAUACUCGACCAAUCGACACGUAUAACCGACUGGAAAACACUUGUAAUUUUCACCGUGACUCCUCGUCUUCGUCCAGGAAGGAGACGUGCACAUUUUCCUCCGAAUUUGUUCAAAGAAUCUGCGCAAGGUCGGUCGUGUAUCGCGAAGCAGGCUGACGUCGCAGCGAUCAAGCGGCAAGGUCGGUUCAUCUAGAAUCUAGGUACUAAACGAAUCGAUCGUCCUUCGAGGGCCAUCUAUCUAGCCUAAUCCAGCGCUAGGUUUACGAAUUACCAUCAGCGGAUGGCGGAUCGUCGGACGUGCAGCGAAAGGAUGCGUAGCUCCGUUCAGUCGAUCGUCCAUUCGGACGAUCGUAAACGCAACUGCUGCUGCCCUCCUUUCUGCCUCUUGUCGAUCAUCCGCCGAUUCACGGACGAACGACGUUUGCUUUACGGUCUGGCGAGGUCAGGACCGAACCUCGGCCGUGGUCGUUAAGAGUUUCUCCUCCCCGAAACGCGAACUCGAAUCCGCACAUCUUUCCAAGCUCGCCACGGCCCGAAUUCCACCACCCUUCGAAUUUUUCGUUCGAUACGUCGCGUCGCUCUCGCGAGAAACGCCCCGCGUCUCGCCCGCGCGCACACACACACACGCACACAAAAUUUUGAAUCAGUGUUAACGGCGUUUUACAGGGUAUCCGGGUGAUUCGCAAAAGGAUCGUCGAGACGGAAACUUCGUUAGUUGCGACAAUAGGAAGCGAUACUGUGGAUCAGUGGUAGCUGAAAGCGAGCCGAGUCUACAGACUCCUCCAGACUACCACGAUGAUGUUGUUCUCGGUUGUAGGAAGGAAAUCGAGUUCACUCGAGUAUUUUUUCACCUUGAGGUUAAUCGUGUUGCCGUACUCGCGUCAACGUUUGCACUAGCGAAAGUCGGAUGAGCGCUCAACGAUCGAAACUCGCCUCCCGUCUCUGUCUCGACGUUCCAAGUUGUCGAGUCGAAGGACGAUCUUCGCCAACUCCGAGUCGCAAAUGGAAAUAUUCUUCCGGUUUUCUCUCGCACGCGUACGCGAGAUACGAAAGGGACCGCCGUUGGCGUCAAAUCGCGUUUAUCGGUUUGCCAAACCAGCGAAAAGGGAGAAAGUUUCGAUGAAGAAUUUCACGGCAAUAUAUCAAACGUAAUAAUUUGCGUGGCGCAUCCGUACGCGGUGCACGCGCAGGCUAGCAAUAAAA